CAUUUUACUUCAGUUCAAUUGAAAAGAACAAACCUAUUGUAUGUAUCUGUCAUUAUGUUUUCUUCACGAAACGAUCCCUGAGCCAUUUUUGGUUUGCUUGUAGGAGAAGUUGAAGUGUGUAAUGAUAUCAUUGCGUUUUACAUGUUUUAACUUGCAUGGAGUGAAAUUCGGCUUAUCGGAAAAGUGUGAUUCGUGAAUAGAAUAGAAGUAACUAUGCUGGGUCAGGUUGUACGCGAGAACAUCCGCGAAGAGGCUCAAGAAAUAAAGAGGCUUCUGUCUAUCAAGAACAUCGAUGUCGACGAAACCGUGGUAUGCGAGCUUAUGGAAAGCUUGGAUCCCAAUCACGAAGUAAAUAGGACGAAGUAUAUUAUUGACAUGAUCAUGGGUAAUCGGAAUUUUAAUUCACAAGCAUCUUCAGACAAGGCAGAACAAUCUGUCGAGAUGCUGUCUCAGGAUAAUAAUACCAAGGAAUUUUCUAAACACAACAUAUACAAUAUUUCGACCGAGAGCGCAACAAUUGAUGUUUCGGAUUCCGAGGACGAUACAGAUUAUUAUUAUUCCUCCAAUUACGACGAUAAUUCAAUUAUCGAAACGUCAACUACUACUACCUCUUCAACAAGUACCGUUUUCGAUACCGCUUUGGAAACCAGCAACACUAGCAACACUAGCAAUAACAGCCCAAUCACAAAGAGUUGCGUAAAAGUUGAUCAAAGUGAGAUAGAAUUUUUAGAAGCUGAAAUAGAAUUUUUAGAAGAGAAUAAUAAUAAUAAUGAUGUGAUUUAUAUGAAGAGUGUUACCUAUGAGAAAAAUAGAUUCUCUGAAAGUCCAAAACCAGGUUGCAGUAAGGAUUCGGAUGAUAGAUCUCAAAGUUUUGAGGAUUAUUGCCACUCGUGUGACUUCAAUGAAUUGCAAAUAGAUGCGAAACAAAUACAUAGUGUUUUACCAAAUAUUGAUUAUGAUUUAAUCUGUAAAACGCUUUGUAAUAACCAGUUAGCAAAGAAUCGUAUUGAGCUUACAUUGUGGGAUUUGUUACAGAAGGAAAGACCGAGUCCUCAAUUAGCGAAAAACAAACGAAAAUACAUGCCUUAUGAAAUAUAUUGUAUGAAGAAUAAGAGAAAUUCUGAUAUUUUACCAGAGAAAAAUACAAAAGAUACAAAAAUAGUUUUAGAAAAGAAAAAACAAGCAUGUGCAGAAAACAAAACAAAAAUUAUAGAUGUUGAGCUAACAAAUAGAGAGCCUAUGUUGUUAGUAAAUGAGACUGAUAAAAUGGAAAUAGAUAUAACAGAGGGUAUAACAACUAUAAAUGAUAACGUGAAUAAUACAGAUGAUACAAAUAAUGCACGUGAUGAUAGGAAUAAUGAUGAGGUGAAUAAUACAAACAAUGAUGCAAAUAAUACAAACAAUGAUGCGAAUAAUAUAAACAAUGAUGUGAAUAAUAUGUACGAUGAUGCAAAUAAUACAAAUAACGAAACAAAGAAUGACCAAAUGGCUGCGACACCGGAAACAAAUACGGUUUGUUUGAAUACUAAUUGGUCCACUAAUGACGUUAAUAUGGAUAAAGAUAAUUUGGAGAAAUUAGAUCCAUCAAGAAGAGUGAAGAAGUCUAAGAAUAAACAUGCAGCAUUAAUUCAACUUCUUCAUGAAAAAAUGGUAAAUGAUAGGAAAAUGGUAAAUGAUAGGAAAAAUAGGGCAAAGAAUUUGGAAAUAAAUGAUGGGACAAUGCAAAAUCAUGAGGCAGUUGAUUAUAGAUUACCACAUAAGAUAGAAAUGGACAACAUGCACUCUGCAAUUUCAGCUUCGAUGCCAAGCACUUCUGCGUCAUGCACACAGCAGAAAGUGCCUUUAUUGAGACCAGCGAGAUUUACAGGAGGAUCUGUCAUAUUUCCAUCAUUCUAUUCACCGGUUCCCAUUUUAAGUCCGCCAAAAUUACAUAUAUUAAAUCCAUUGCAGCUGAUAGCGGAUAUGCAAACUGAUCUUAAGCAUCCCAAUAAAUCAGUGAAAGCUACGAAGACUGAGGAAAAGAGAGGAAAAUUGUAUGAACCUGUACCAAUGGGACAUGUGCCAUCUUCUGCCCAAUUAUCGAAGUUUACAACGAACAACACGUCGCUUCAUACACAAGAUGAAAUAGCUACCUUUGACAAAAUCCUAAACUGCCAUUUAAAAAAAGAUCGUAGUAACGAGGAAAGCAGUAAUUCCAGACGACAAAACGAUAUGGAUGUGCAUGGAGUUUAUCAUACGAAAGGACAAAAGGAAAAAGAGGAUUUUAUGUCGUCAAUCGGUAUGGAAACAAAUAAGGAGAAGCAGAGCAGUCCAACGAAUAAUACUGGAGAAAUAAUAUUAAACGAGAAAGCUCGUAACCUAUAUUACAGAUUGAUACCGAUGUUCCCGUCCGUAAAUACCGUUUACAUUAAACGAAUAUGCCAAAGAUAUGUUACAGAUCCAAAAUACCUAGGUUAUAAUGAAUCAGUAUCGUUGCAACAUUUAGUUGAACAUUUGCUUGAGCAUGGUCAAAAAUAUCCAUUUAAAAAGCCAGACCCAUUGCCAUUGGAAAAUAAUUCCAAUACUUACACUCUGAACGAGCAAUAUGCCGAUUUAUUAGGAAUAUUCCCGGAGGCAGAUCCUACGUAUUUGAGAAAAGUAGCCGAGGAGAACUAUAAAGAUCCUGAGAAAAUAAAAGAAUACGUUCAGUCACAAUUGGAAAAUCCAAGUUAUCCAACAAGAGCGCAAGCUUUGGCUAGGAAGAAGAUUACUGAUCAACAAAAACAGUAUACUUCAGAUUUCAAAAUAGAACAAUUCUUAGAACUGUUCCCAGAUCCAUUUUCUCAUUUUGAAAAUUCAAGCAGACAGUGCAAAUUUAAUCCGCAUGCAGUGGAUUUUUUAAAACAAUAUUUCAGUAAAAUUAGGGUAAAUACAUUAUUGUAUACAUAUACUGAGCAUCAACAUAAUUUAAGUUUAACUGCUAAAGCUUUAGAAGCUUUGAGUCCUGAUAUGAAAAGUAAGCGAGCUCAUAAUAAAAUAAUGCUAACAGAAGAUAUACCGCUUUUACAAGAAUGUGCUUUUAUACAACAUAAAGUGGCGCUUAAAAAGUACCUGACCGAAUUGAAAGAUCAAGAGGAAAAAGAGUUUCAGGAACUUAAAGCAAAGAAUGAGUUGAUUGAAUGCCAAUGUUGUUAUGACAACGAGUGUAUGCCAUCAAAAUGUUCUACAUGCGAGGACGGACAUAUAUUUUGUAACACAUGUAUCAUAAAAAGUACAGAAUUGACAUUGGCAAACGGCAAGACGCAUGUUGAUUGUUUAUUAAACUGUGGCAAUGAAUUUUCAUUGUCCAUACUGCAGAAAAUAUUACCGCCAACAAAAUUCAGUAUUCUUCUUUGCAAACGACAAGAAGCGGAAGUAAUGGCCGCUGGUUUAGAAGGCUUGGUAUCAUGUCCAUUUUGUCACUUUGCAUCUAUACCGCCGCUUGAGGAUAAGGUGUUUAGGUGUCUAAAUCCUAACUGCAUGAAAGAAUCGUGUCGAUUAUGUAAGGAACUCAAUCAUAUACCUCUGAAAUGCGACGAAUUGAAAUCAGACGUUGCGCGUCUAUAUUUAGAAGAAAAAAUGACCGAAGCUCUUGUACGGAAAUGCUAUAAAUGCGGACGAACAUUUUUCAAGGAAGAAGGUUGCAAUAAGAUGACCUGUUUAUGUGGUGCUCAAAUGUGUUACAUUUGCGAUAAACCAGUAAUCGACUAUAAGCACUUUCAAGGUCAAGGAGUUCAAGAUUCAAAUCUCUGUCCACUAUGGAGCGAUGAUCGUCGUAUAUGGUCGUUGUAUGCAUGUAUUGCGAAUGUCGAUAUGUCUAUGAAUAAAAUAAAGAAAAACCUAAGUCAUAUAAACGUCGCUGCUCUUUUACCGAAGCUACCGCCUAAAGCAAAAGGCCCUCAUGAAGAUAUUGCUUUUGCUAAUGCAGUGCCGGCCCAUGCUGAAAGAGUUGCAAGACACAAUCCAUGACUCCCAACUUUAUUCUAAUGUUAAUUUUUAAAAAGAUGUUUAUGUCGAUGCAUUUAGUUUGAUAUAUCUAUAUUCGUUAUUAUUAGAAAGCAUUUCUUUUAAAUAAUAAUUUAUAAAUCUCUUUACAAUUCACAAAUCACUCUUAUUUUAUCGUUACAAUUAUAGAUGAUUGCAUGAUAUUUUUUGGAUUAAAAGCUCUUACUAGUCCUACGCAAUUACAUGUUUAUUGAUUACAUGUUUAUGAUGUAAAAUUACAAGAGUGCAAGUAUAAAAAGUGAUAAGAGAUACAAAUGUACUACAAAUGUCAUACAAUUCACAAAUUGAGGGAUUGAAUGCAAUAAGAAUCUAAAUAGCUUUAUACAGUUUUGUGAAAGAAGUUUCGAGUUUGGAACUCUAGAAUAAAUUGAAAGAGAAAAGCAAAAGAAUGAAUAAAAAAAAAUAAAUUUUAAUUUUAUGAUUAUAUAUAAUAUUCAGAGUUAUGCAAAGCAGGAUUAGUUAACUCUUACAUUGUUAUUGUACAUGCAAUUCCUCGAUUUAUUUUAUAAGUUGAGAAUACAAAUAGGAUAAAGAGUAAGAAAUAGGAGAAGAAAUUUUAAUCUUUUA